AUGGCCAACUACCGCACCAGACUGAGGGGCAUUGGCUGCCCGGAGUUGAGCAUAAAUGCUAUGAAAGAAAAGGAUGGUUCCCUGAACCACAGCCCAAACCAGGUGAAAAAGCCUCGGAAAGCAGAAGUCAACUACUGUCCUGGUUAUCCUGCAGGCGAAUCUAAAGAGAGUCUUGAGGCUGAAAGACAAGCACUUCUAGUGGAGGUGAAAAAGAAGAACCAAGAGCAGAUUAAAAACAAAAUGGAAAGAACAUUUGCCUAUAGAAGGCAGGAAAUUAUCCAGGAUAUGCCCUUCAUCACAGAGUUACGGAGCAGAUGGCCUGCUCUGUUUUCAGAAAGAGAGGUUGAUGCAGAAUUUGCCAGAAUCACCACUGUCCCACUACGGUCUACUUUCAUGUUUCAACUUGAUCGGCAUACUGACAACUUACUGAAGGUCUUCCGUAAGAAGGGAGGGGCAGCAGGACAGAAAAUUAAGGUCAUUUUGGCAGCAAUGGACAAGGAUCCAAGUAUUGAAAAACGGAGAGAUUGUGUGCUCAAAGCAGUGUCUGUGUACCUAAAUGAAGAUCCACAACAUCUCAUUAAGGAAUACAUGGUAAAUUUCAAAGAACUGUUUUAA